GAUCAACUAACAAAUGGUUAACAUUUUACAUUAAUUAUAAUAAAUGUGUGUAGUAAAAUAGCAACAAGGUCUUAUUAGUUUUCAAAUACCUGACUACAAACGUAUUCAAAUAAAUGCGGAUGCGUUAUUGUCUGUUAUUUGGUCAUUAUUUCGAGACGUGUGACAAAUGAAUCAGGGUUAAACGGCAAAAAAAAAAAGGCCAAUAACCAAGAUUACAACGACCGAAACCUCGGGUCGAAACCAUCGACCAAGGAAGAUCUUAUGGGCUGGAUCGUUCACCUCUCGCGAUGCUUCCGCCUCUGCGUUUCCUUUCGCUUUAGUCCGGUGAUGGGCAAAUCGAGAAACAUCAACAUAGUAACCCGGGAAAAGGCAACGCUGGCGGCGGGUUACUAAACUUUUGACCUACAACUUUGUAACUCGGUUUGACCAUUUGGUUGCCAGGAUACUUCGCGCAGAUACCUCAAAAUGUCUGCGUGCUGCCAUUAAAUCAGCUAUUAGUUACUAUUGCUAGCCCUAGAACAGCCCGCUAGCUACAGCUAGCUGCGCUAGCAAGUUAGCUACGGGGGCAAAGAAGUCUGAAGAAGUUGGCAUUUCCUCGUCAUGAAACAAUACUCUUGAGUAUGGACAGUUGAGACGAUCGGAUAAUUGUCCCAGAGGGUAGAAAGAGAUGAGUAGCAGUAAGACGACUGCAGUCUCUCUCCACAGCUCUGCAAGGCAUCGGAAUGGCGAUGUCAGAGAUCUCAACGCUGCAUGGGAAGCCCUUGCUCAGUCAAAAGUUGCUUUGCGGCACAUAGAGAAUCGCCUGGAGGCCGCUCCAGGGACUGGGGUUUUGUUGGAGUCCGUCAUGGACCCUAAGAAACACGCCUCAAGGAAGCUCAGCCGCAGAGCUGGCCGGGGGGCAGAUGAUGCGGGAGGGUCGUCCAAGCGGAGGGGCCAUGGAAAUCAUAGCCCAGAGAAGAGCAGUUCCCGCAGCCCACUGAGAAACGCCACCCUGGACAGUAAUGUCCGAAAGAAUAACGUGGAGUUCAGGGAGCCGCUGGCCUCCUUCAGGGAGGCCACUCCUCCAACACUCCAGCCUUCACAGCUGGAGGCCUGUAGCACCCAGUCAGCGUCUGGACCGCCCCUCCCUCCGACCCAGUCCCCCUCGGACCCCUCCCUCAGUCAGCUGGUCUACCAGAGGGACACCAGGGACAGACAGACGGACGGCGACCUGGACAGCACGCACUCCUCGGCUCUGGCGAGCACAGAGGUCCGCUACCUCAACGACCGGUCCGCCCUGGACGCCACGAGGCCCCCGCCCGUCCAGGCGGCCCUCGCCGCGGCGGGCGAGGACUGCCAUCCCCGGGCGCCGCCGUGCCCCAGCCACGCGCAGAGCCUCCCUCCGGCCCGAGCGGAUCUCUCGGCGUCCUCCAGCCCGGGCUUGACCUCGGCCGUGGCCUCGCAGCGGCUGGAGAACCUGCGGCGGCGGCAGCCCGACGAGAAGCUGGAGAAGCUGAAGGAGCGCAUCCGCAAGCAGAGGGAACACCUGGAGGAGGCGGCGGAGCGGGACAAGCUGCUGGGCUACCUGGAGCAGCCCAUACGGGGAGCCGUGGGAAGCUCCAGCAGUGGUACCGUCCCAACGCCCAUGGCUAAGGUCCGCAAGGUGGCGCCCGCCCCCCCUGCGCCCGUGUACAGAGGUUUCAACAGCAGCGAGACAAAGAUCAAGACUGCGGAUGGGAAGGUGUGGAAGGAGGAGGAGUUCCACAACCUCAGUAGAGACUUCUACAUGGACUUGUCACGCCAGCUUGCUGAGAGCUCCAGACAGCAGCAUCAGAGUGAGGCGCGGGGAACGGAGCGCCCCAAAGAUAGGAGACCCCCCAAACCGGUCCGCAAGGUCCACAGGUCCUCUGAGCCACACCCCAAGCAAGUGAUCGGGCCGGCGUCGUGGCGCGAGGGCCAGAAGCUGGUGAAGAUGGUUCUGGGUCCGGCACCGCGGCAGCCCCCAGAGGGCAGACCACAGACAUCUGAGAGACCGGGCCCAGCUCACCGAUCAAGCUCGGACCCGCGGCCCGAGCCAACCCGGCGGCCCCGACCCAACAGCACCGAGAGGCCUCGCAGCGGCCGCGGGCGCUCUGGCGCCCGCUCCCACACUACAACCACCCUGGCUCCCCAGCCUGCAGCCCGGGAAGAAGCCUUGGUGGCCGCAAGCACAGAGCUGCUGUCGGCCGACAUCCAGGGCAUCCUGGACGACCUCCAGAUGGAGUGCAGGGAGGCUGAGGAGGAGGAGGAGAGGGCGCGGGAGAGGUCCGGUCGGGGCCACAGCGGUACAAGAGGCAGGGGCCGCUCGUCGUCCCGAUCGUCCAGGGCCCCGGCCCCUCAAGGGGCCCCCCUCUCGAGGGGCUCCCGCAGCGGCAGCCCCGCGGAGCGGCCCGCGGACGCCGCGGACGCGGAGCACAGGAAGCGGCACUACGACGCCGACACGGUCCGGCAGUACAUCGUCCAUCAGCAGGAGGGGAGGCGGAGGCGGCAGAUGGAGGAGCGCAGGGCACAGAGGGAGGAGGCGGAGAGGAGGAACCAGAGACUGCAGGAGCUCUACCGGAAGCAGAGAGUGGUCGCUAAGGCCGUGGCCCUUCCCUCUGAGGCCCCUGUGGCAACUGUACAGAGGCGGUUACAGGAGACCUUUACUAAACUGCUGCAAGAGGAGGCAGAGCUGGAAGCAGAAGGCGAACAUGAACCGCCUGCUGCUCUACCCACCAAUCAUCACUUGCAGAGACCCAUGUACCAGCCUUCAGGAGAGUCGGACAAGGAGAACAAGAGGCUGGAGGUUCCCCAAAGUCCAUCCAGCAGUGACAUGUCUCUGUCCGAGCAACCCCCUCGAUUGUCCAGAAAUGAUUUAGAUAUGGGUGUUCUCUCAUGGCUUCAGCCGGACCGCACAAGCGUGGCAAGCCGAGCUCCCCAAAACGGCGGUGCUCUGGCGCCUCCUGGUGACCACCUCUUCUCCGAGAUAUUGAGGCUUGAAAGCGAGGCGGUAGCAGCAGCAGCAGCAGCCGGGCACACGCACCGUCCGCACCGCCAGUCCCCGGGCUCCAACGGGUCCCGAUCCAAGAUGGCCCGGAUCGACGCCAUCAAGGCCACCGCCGCCUCCCUCUCCAACCGCAUCGAGAGCGAGGCGCGGAAACUGGCCGGCGAGGGGACAAACUACGGGACGCCAACCUCCAUGGACGUGGACGUGGUUUUGGCCCCGCAGCGCUCUCCGUUGAACCAGGACGCCGGACGGUGGGCCAGUGCGGCCAGCCCCCCGGUCAGGGAGCCCUUCACGAUGCCUUCGGACAACCUGGUUGAGCGGAUCCAGCGCUCGGAAGACCUCGCCAUAAGGAUCCAGAAGAUUCUGAGCAGCGCCGACCAGAGCUCCUUCGACGGGGACGGCUUGCCCGGUGUGGGCAACCUGCAUUCCUACAGAAGGCCGUCCCCGAAGAAGAAAAGUCCGGCGUCCGCGACGGACCUCAAACACCACAGCUACCGCCAGGAAGGGCGGGGUCUGCUCAACGGCCUGGAGAAGGUGCAGCGGCUGGGGGAGCUGGGUCAGCCGCGGGGCCUCGGAGCCAACGGGGACUGGGAGGAACGGAGGAACCACGCGAAGGAGCCCCAAGACUCGAGCGGCGGCUCCAUCAGCGAGGGCCCGCUCCAGAGCGACGAGGACCCCAGCCCCCCCCGCCGCGCCACCAACCACGUGCCCCGGAUGGCGGACAGCCUGGCGGCCGUCGACUACUGCGCCGGGCGUCAGAGGGAGGACGACCGACCCCUGGCCCAGUUCCAGAGGGACGCGGAGAGGUACUCGGCCAUCAGCCCCGCCGCCCCGCAGAGAAACGGCACAAGGGCCGCCUGGGAGGAGCUGAGCAAAGGAAGUCCUCUCAGUGUGAUCAACAUUUACACCAAGAACCUCCACAGCCACCUUAAAGCGCCAGAGGAGCUGGAGAGAACCUCUCCCUCCGUCCGGUCGCCCCAGUCUGGGGUCAGCCCUGGGGAUGCAGCGGCCUACGAGGAUGACUUUGUGUCCUCUCGUAGCAGCGGAGCCACUGGCCAAUCAAAGAGAAGAUACAGUGGACACAGCAGUGUGAAGAGUCACUUUGAGGAGCUGAUGAGGAGGUCCCCGUACGACAGAGGAACGGGGACUUCAGCUCUCCUCACCCGUCCCCACUCGUCCCUGCAGUCCCCCCAUCUGUCCUCCGGCUCCUCGUCCGUCUGCCGGGGCUCCAGAGGAAAGAGAGGAACGGCGUCGGAUCGAAGUGACGCUACAGUGCCGGACGAGCAGAAGAGCCCCUGCUCCCCGCAUUCAGAAACUCGGUCUGCUGACUCGAGGAAGAGGGGCUCGGAGAGGAGCUCUGCCCACAGCCAGCCUAGGAGCCACCACUCUGACGGGACACUAGGGGGAGCUCCAGAGCCGUCUCCCAGAAGUUUGGGGCAGGACGGUGAUAAGACGCCCGCUGGCAGCCCUGGCCUGGCCUCUCUCCCGGGCACUCCCGCUGGCCCGGGGUCCCCUCCAGACAGAGCGUCUCCAGGGGUCUCCCCCAGGAGCGGCUCCUCUGGGGGAGCAGGCGUCGUGGCCCAGGGUGCCGCAGCCUCCCCACCAACCAGGAGUCCACCACACGCACACAAUGAUGGCCGUUUGCCAUCGCUCGGUGGCAGAGAGGAGACCACAGGCGAGCGGCAGUACGCCCCCGGUGUGCUGAGGCAGCGCAUGACCACGGAGCUGAGCUACCUGGAGUCCAUCGAGGAGUCUGUGCGACAGCUGGGCGACGUGGAGAGGCUGAGGGGGGUGUCCAUGGCGCAGCAGGAGAGCGUGUCUCUGGCCCAGAUACUGAAGGCGCAGCAGCAGCGGCAUGAGCGCGAGCUGUACGAGUUGAAGAUCAAGGCCGAGAGAGAAGCGCUGGAGACACAGCUGCACAUGGAGGAGAGCCGGCAAAGAGCUGCCAGGGCCCACGCAGAGCUGCAGGAGAGCAUGGCGGUGAACCAGCAGCUGACCCUGGGAGGCCUCCAGGAAGCGUCCGCCAAGAUGAUGAGCCAGCAGGCGGAGGCGGCGCGCUACACGGCCGACGCGGCCCGUCACAUCAAAGAGAUGGCGGAGCUGACCCGGUCCCAGAUGGUCCCGGGGGACUUGACCGGCGCUGCCGAGAGCCAGAGCCGGACUGCGUUGGACCAACACAGAAGCUCACACAAGAAGUCGCCUCAAGCACGAACUGAAUCAGACAGUUCCAGGAGUGAGGGGUCCUGCAGCAGACCCAUGCCUGGGGAGCCCCUCUCUUCCCUGGAUAGCCUCAGUCAGUCUGACUCCCUGCCCUACAGGCGACCCGAGAUCAGUGGCGGAGACAGCAGCAGCUACCUGGACCGAUCCCACGACUCCUCGGCGCAGCGGGACUGGCGGAGGAUGGACGGCAGGAAGGAGGAGCCCGCGGAGGAGGGCCGUGAGCCGGCCAGGAGGGGGAAGGAGGCGACGGGGAACAGCUCCGUAGAGGAGGAGGCUGCCACGGCCGCGGACGACUCCCUCGUCAGCGAGAGCAUCCACUCUGUGCUCAACGAGAAAGCAGACAGUACGUCAGUGGCGACCGACUACUCUCUGAAGUUUGACGAGUCCAUGACGGAGGACGAGAUCGAGGAGCGCUCGUUUCGCUCUCUGCUGCCGUCGGAGGCGCACCGGCGCGUCACCCUGGAUAAGAAGUCCCGUCCGCAUGAGGAAUCCGAGGAGGAGCCGGCCUCCCACGACAGGAGCUUGGCCUCUAUGCCCCUGAACCGCUCUAAGGAUGGGAGCCAGACCUUCGCCAGCGGCCAGGACAGCUUCACCCAGUUCACCAUGGACAUGGUGCGCCAGUACAUGGUGGACGAGGAGGUGAGGCUGCAGCACCAGGGCUCCCUGCUGCACCUGCGGCAGAAGGCCCUCAAGGAGAAGACCAAGACGGAGAUGGCCUGGCUGGAGCACCAGAAGAGGAGGCUGAGGGACAAGGGGGAGGACGACAAGAUGCCCCCCCUCCGGAAGAAGCAGAGGGGCCUGCUGAUGAAGCUACAGCAGGAGCAGGCGGAGAUCAAGCGUCUCCAGGAAGCCAACAAGGUGGCGAGGAAGGAGAGGCUGCUGCUGCUGAAGCAGCAGGAGGAGAUCGAGAGGAUGAGGAGCAACACCCUGAGGCUCAAGGAGCGCCUCAAGUCUGCCGGAGGCGACGCGCCCCCGGAGACCCCCAUGUCCGAGACCCCGGUGUCCGAGGCAGCCUCCCCCAGCUUGAUGCUGGCGUGCAGGGACCCCCGCAGCCCGUCUCCCCCGCUCUCUGUCUCCGGCAGCGAGACCAGCAGCAUCAUGCAGAAGCUGAAGAAGAUGCACUCUCACACGGACGAGAAACACUGCUCUCCUGUCCACUACUUCCUCUCUGUGUUUAAGGCCCAUCACUGGGCCUCCCUCAGUGUCUGUCUCCCCAAUCUCCACCCUAAACUACAGCUCUUUAUCUACAACCACUUGGUCAGGUUCCUGACCAAGCGGGAGCAGCAGCUGCUCCAGAGACGGCACCAUGCAGCCGAGCUCCUGCAGUGGAAGCAGCGUCUGGACCGGGAGGAGGCGGAGGUCCGCAGGAUGGAGAAGGAAGCCCUGGGCGUCUGCGACCGGCAGGCCCACCACCAGAACCAGGUCGAGGUUCAGCCCGGCAGGUGGUCUCCAGAGGCCGCUCAGAGGGAGACCUCUGAUGUCGGCACCAGCUCUGGCUGCCGGCAGAACCAGGAACCCCUGAGCGACGAGAAGAGAGGGAGACUGGGUGAGGAGGAUUACUCCACAGUGAGCCCUGAGCGUUCGGGUUCGAGUACCCCAGCGAGCUCCUCCACAGCCCCGCCUGCCUCGGUCCCAGAGACGUCCAUGGCCUCCUUCCAGAGCAGCCAGGACAUCACCUCCGCCUCUCCGUCUCCUGGCAAACCAUCUCCCCCGGCCAACGCCGUCCUCAGCACUACUGCCUCCGCGGCAGACUGCAGCGGCGGCAGCGGGACCAAGAUGCUGCUCCGCCCUCCUCCCCGGCCCGCCGGCCACACGCCGGGGCAGGCUCGAACCAGGCCCGGUGACCCCCCCACGGCCACACACACCGAUCCCAUGUCAGACCAGAGCGACAUCGAGUGUCGCAUCAGGGCCCUGAAAGAGGAGCUGAAGAAACGCAAGUCGAUGGCCUACCAGCUGAAGAAGGAGCAGAAGAAGAGACACAAGGAGCGCCUUAAGGCACAGGAAGCCAGUCUACUUAAGCAGCUCGAGUCCUACGAUGAUUUCAUCCAGAAGACGAAGGCGGAGCUGAACAAGGAGCCAGACUCCAAAUCGGCAGCUGAACCUCAAAUCAACGCGGCUGCCUCUGCCAUUGAAAACAGCAAAGCUCUGCCUCCACACAGUUCUGACAGCAGCAGCAGGCACUCCAGGGCGGUGUCCGACUCUGACGAAGGCCAUUCAUCCAUCCAUGCAGGUGACCGAACUCCUCUGGGCCGGAGUAGAUCUACCUCUCUACCCGAGGAGCUUUCGGAGGAGGACACUCCCACAGUCACCCCGACCCCAGCGCACGGGAGUCCAGAGCAGCCUUCCCCAGGGGUCAAGGCCCUGGGUGCUCCAGAUGGCCCCUCCAGGACGUCCAUCUACAAGGGAGACCGCCAUUUGCGUGGAGGAGCAGAGGACGAAAGCGUUGUGUCUAACCACAGGUCUGAUAUAUCAGAGGACCUGGCGGGGGUUGUGAGCUCCAAGUCUGGAAAUGGCCAUUCGGAAGUUCUCCUUAAACUAGAGACGGAAGACGGACCCACAUCUCACCAGGACUCGUCUGUUUCUAACCAUGUUCCCUCUGAGAACGAAGACGACAUAUAUUCUCCAUCCGAGAGCCGGCAGGACGAGAGAGGCCUCAAGAUAAGGGACUCCUCUUUGCCAGGGGAGCCCAAGCUCUCAUGGCAUCAAGAUGGCACCUCGUCCUCCAGUGACAACGCCUCCCUCUCGUCCAAGAUAGAAGCUCCGCUAAAGGAGGCUGAUGUCUCUCGGCGUCCCUCCGUCACCGUCACCGACGGCUACCACGAUGACUUUGAGUCGUCGGCGGAGUCCUCCCCCCGAGACGGCCGGCGCAGCUCCCAGCCCACCUCUCCGGUCUCGCCGCCCUCUGGGGGCGUCUCCGGGAAGGCCUCCUACAGCAGGUCGCCUCUGGACCAGAGCAGAGACGAGGAGGAGGUCGAGGAGGACAUCGCAGGGGAGCUAAGUGAACACUCUGAAGAGUUCAGCGACAGCCGUCACUCUGGAAAGCUGCUCGAUCUCAACGACAAGACGGCCGAGUCCCAGGGUGAAACCAGGAAUGAGUUAAACCACUCCCCAGCCUUAUCUCCAUCUCUCUCACGCGUGUCUCCAGUGGAGGACGAGAUGCCGACCUUCUGCAUCGGAGACCGGGUGCUCGUGAGCCACGUUCAGCCCGGAACCCUGAGGUUCAAAGGCCCGACCAGGUUCGCCAACGGGUUCUGGGCCGGCGUGGAGCUCGACAAGUCGGAAGGCAGCAACAACGGCACCUACGACGGGGUGGUGUACUUUGUGUGCGAGGAGCGCCACGGUAUCUUUGCGCCGUCCGACAAGAUCGCCCGCCUGCCGGAGAGGUUCGACGUCUCCGUUGACACCACGGAGGACGAGGACUCGUUUGUGGACGACCUGUCCGAGAGGAGUAAACAAGCAGACGACGAGAAGAGCACGGUUCAGCCGAGGAAGGAGACUGAGGAAAGCCCCCGUGACGAUCCAUCCAGGCCAGGGUACAAAGAGCCGCGGGAUGAGGCCGAUCAUCCAUCAGUACACCCUCAGAACAAGGAUGCUCUGGAUGCAAACUCUCUUAACUCUCGUAACCACCACACCGUGCCCAAUGGCCGGAUCAGGGAUGGCUCGCUGGAGUUCGACAACGCGCCCACUACUCUCCUCAUUUCUGACCUGGACAAGAUGGGUUCAGCCACACAGGGCCAGAAGCAGAGAACUCCUCACACAGGACAUAAAGAUUUGGACUCUCACCGUUCAUCAGUCACUCCAAACGAGCGUAUGGACGAUUUUGACAUCACGAGUAACGAGGGGAAAGCCAAGGAACGAGACUCUCUCGGUGCCUUUGCUGACACGCUUCUCAAUGACUUCGUCAAAGAUGCUGUCACGCAGUUGAGUCAGGUCAAGCUGGCCAAGGAGAGGAAGAUAAUGGAAGCCAACCGGAUGAACGGAGAGCUGUUUACCGACCGCUUGGAGGGGGAGGGGCGGGUCUCUCCGUCGGAGCAGAAAGAUGGUCUUCCCUUCUUCCUGGAAACAGAAAAAGCGGAGUUGUCGUCCCCGGAGCUAUGCAACCGACCGGAGAGCCCGGUGCUGGGGGCCAGCGGUCAGGAGGAGCUGGCCAAGCGCCUGGCCGAGCUGGAGCUGAGCCGCGAGCUGCUGGACGACCUCGGGGAUGACCAGGACUGGUUCGAGGAGGACUUCGGCCUCAAGUCCCGCCGGGAACAGCAGCGACGCCAGCAGAGGCAAAAAGAGGAGGAGGAGGAAGAGGACGACGACGACGAAGAGAACAGGGUGGGCGGUGGGAGGCCCGUGACGUCGGUCGGAGAGCCACAGGCAAAGACGCCCCCCCGGCCCGAGCUGCCUCUACCCCUGCUGCCUAAGCUCCCCGAGCAGCCCCCCAUGGUGGUGCCCCACUCGGCCACGGAGGUGGAGCGGCUGGUCCACGCCGCCACCGCCGAGAUCUGGCAGAGCUGCGGCCUCGGCGCGGCGGACGUGCUGACGCUGGCCGGCCUGCCGGUCCCCCGGCCCUCCCUGGGGUACCUGGGCAAGGAGGCCAACGGGCAGGACCAGGAGGACCUCUGCAUCCGCAGCUACCGACAGGGUGUCUACGACCUCACCUGGGAGAUCCUCCAAGAGAUCUUCGGCGAAGACCCCAACGCGAACCAGCCGCUGUGGCUUAAGCCGCGACGGGUCAACUCCUCCUACUCCCACAGGGUCAGGAUGCCGGGGAACAUCUCCACGGUCCAGGAAUUCAUCGCCACUAAAGUGCUGAAGCUGUACGGCCUGAGGAAGGACCAGAGCCAGAAGACCGACUGGCAGAAGAUGCUCAAGUUCGGCAGGAAGAAACGGGACCGAGUAGACCACAUACUGGUCCAGGAGCUCCACGAGGAAGAGGCCCAGUGGGUGAACUACGACGAGGACGAGCUGUUUGUGAAGAUGCAGCUGGCAGACAGCAUCUUCGACAUGCUGCUCAAGGACACCGCCGACGUGCUCACGCAGAUCCACGAGCAGAGGGCCGCACGGGACGCACUCUCCUGAGACCGGUCGACCCCGUGGGUACCCCCCACCCCCCUCACCUUUUGGACAGCCUCCGGCCAACUCGCCACUUGACUGUGCCCGGGCUUCCAGUUGGCCGACGUGCCAACAGACGCCUCCAGAUGCCUUUCCUUCUUUCCAACCAUUACCUCUCGGCAAAGACUGCUCCCUUCAGCCCACACUAAACACCUCUCGAUCGCUCCAGCCUUCCUGCGCCUGGCUACCCAGGCUUCUCUGCUGAAGUGGCUCCUUUUGAUAUCAAAUAAACGCAAAACAAGUGGACCUUCUAGAAGAGAAUAGACUGUGACAUCUCUCAGCAUGCGUUGUCCAUAAGUGCUGCUAGCUCAACGGUGUUUGGGCUACGGGCGCCCCACUGUAGCAACCUCACCAGGUUUUGUCUUUUGAAGACGAAGUGCAACAGUGAUGCAACAGAAGAAUAGAAAUAUAUAUCUGAUGAGAUCCAAGUUUUUUUUUUUUAAGUCCCACUAAAUGCCUACUGAAUUGUAAUAUUUAUUCAGAAAUUGUUUGAUUGGAGAAAGUAUAAACAUGUGUUAAGUUAUGCUGUUAAAUGUUGAAAACAGAUUUUUAACAUUUUGUAAUUUAAAGCUAGUUAAAAACAAAUCUAAAUAAUCUAAAGCACAAAGAAAAAUGUGAAUGUGGAAAAUGGCAAUAAAAUGUAUAAAGGGUUUGAAUGAAUAUUAUGGAAACCGUAAAAAGAAGACUUCUGUCUAUAUAAUAUUUAAAUAUAAGUGAUUUGUUUCUCCUUCUUUCUUCUCAACUAUUCUCUAAAGUGCCCAGGAGGUCAGUGACCUGUUGGCCCAAAGGCUGUACUCUGUACUCUUUGAAAGAUUCACUCAUGCUGCUAUCUACGAAUUUGGGGGUACACACAAUUUGUUAUUAAUUGAGGACUUGACUUCACUAACCAUCUGAAAUGAUGCUUGCUAAUUACUGAAUUCUCUUCAAACAAAGUAGCCAUUACAUUACAUAUGCUUUUUAAAGAGUUAACCAUAAGAAUGUAGCAUGGUACUGUCUCGUGAUUCAUCACAGCAUCCAUGAAGUGCCUCUUUUGUUUCUAUAUCAAUUUAGACUUCAAACUCUGAAACACUAUUUGCUACCCUUCCCAAUGUCUCCACCCUCUCUUUGGACCUAUUUCCUUUUGCAUGUCGCCCACUAUCGAUUGUGCGAUACAUCUCCAACCUAAGAACUCCUCUGAUGCUCCUUAUUUUUGCCUUUAUGGAUCAAACUCGCCCCAGCGUAGUUUUCCAGAUGCCUUUUUCUUAUCUUUCCCCUUUCAGUGUUUGCCUAGCUUAUAGUGACUCAGAGAUAUAACCUGUAUGUUUUUUUUUUUUAUACCUUCCCAUACUUCUGUUUGUUUGUGUGUGUGGGGGGGGGGGGCACAGGUUAUCUGUUACUGAUUAACUGUACCGGGAACAACACUGCUCUCCAUUCCACACGUACACGCUGUUGUCGGCCUGCAGAAGCGACGUAUCAUGGCUGACGGGCUGUCAAAACACCCAGUCCACUGUCAACACGGUGGCUUUAGUUUCAGGGUCCUUAUGUUCACUACAAUGAUCCAAGACAAAUACUGUGAUGAUUUGCGUCGGAGCAUGUGCAAGGGUGUCUGUGCGUUUCUUUUCCGUCUUUUUUUUUUUUAUAAAAGUGACCUUUUAACCUAUGGGAAUGAAAGUUGUCGGAGUGUCAAGUAUUUCUUUGCCUGUAUUGGUUAUGCUACAUGAUGUGAAGACGCGUGCAUCAUUCUUUGGGAUAUACAAUCUGUAUAUCCUGUAGUACAUGCUGUACUUCUCAAUGUGUGUGGUCUGUAGGUAUAUGGAACUAACAUGAGUACAAAAGAAAAAGAGAAUGCUCCAUGGCAGACCUUUGUCAGAUGUCUGUCCUGAGUUUAUUGUUAGACAGAAGAAGUUAUAUUCAUUUGUAACUAUGCUGUCAAUCUGGUCACAUACAUCAGUUGUAUGUACGGACCAAAUAUCUCGGACCUUUUGCUGUUUUUUGUCUGUGAAUAAGAUUAUAUUAGGUUAAAUAGGUUAAUGAGUGUUAGUUGUGGAACGGACUUGCUUUUCAUAGCACACAUCAGGGACUUGUUCCUAAGAAGUGAGAUAAAAAGUAAUUUAGCAACUUCACUUCAAUUUUAAAUAUAAAGUAAUUUGACCCAGAGAAUAAAAAUGUAAAAAUGGGCACAAAUGGUUUGAUAAUCAGAUUAACUCUAGUAGAUUUUGAAAUGUUAAUGAGUAUUUAUAAUGUGAGUGUGAGAUAACGUGCACUUGAGUUGUACAAUUAUUUUACAGUUGUAAAUAUACAAAUGUCUUUCCUGACUUAGAUCAGAUUCAUAGUUCACUGUAACUUGAGCGAUUGUUAAAUAAACACUGUCUCGCCUUUGCAAAUAUGAACAUAGUAUAUAUUUGUUAACUAAAAUGAAUGUUGAAAUUGUAAAUAAAGCUUUCACUAUUUCUACAAGCAUUCUGUUAAUUUGUUAAAUCAUGAUUGGUUAACCGUUUGAAGUAGGCUAAACCUUGUGUAAAAAGGACACAAUUUAAGCAUCAUAUUGAGAGGAGCCCUUUUCCAAAGUCCGCUGAGGGGGCCAUAAUUUACACAGCACUAUUUGCUUUGGGACUAUAUUU